CGAGUGUAAUUGCAGUUUUCAAAUCUUAAAAGGCGAAAGCUCUUUGGGCCCUCAAAAAGAAAAAAAAUCCUAAAGCUACUGUUAUCAUUUAUGGUACGGUAAUUGUUUCCAUAUUAAAAACAAUUUUAUUUUUGAGUUCUGAUUUGAGAAGCAGCCAUUGACAGACCGUGUGAUAGUUGAUUUGUUUACAAGUUAAAUGUAUACGUCUCGUGUGUGAUUUAUGAGAGAUUUGUUGACCAAAUCCAAAGGGAGUGGGGGUGUCAAAAGCGGCGGCGAUUGGGUCACGAUGGCGGAAGAAAAGGAGGACAGAAAGGCGUAUACGCCUGGACCUGGAUAUCGGGAAUUCAAUGGAAGAAAUGAAUUCCCAUCCAACAUUUUACAUGACUCGUUAGCUAUUUUGUUGUGGAUUGGACCUUUGCAUUUGAACUUCUUCAUCGUCCUUUUCUCCCUUCUCUUCCUUCCUUUCUCCAAAUUCCUCAUGGUGAUUGGAUCGCUUUUGGUUUUCGUUGUUCUUCCGAUCGAUCAUAACAGUAAACUUGGGCGGUGGUUUGCCAGGUAUCUAUGUAGGCAUAUCACGACUUAUUUUCCCGCCAUUCUCCACGUUGAGGACAUUAACGACUUCCAUCCUGAUCGUGCUUACGUGUUCGGUUAUGAGCCACAUUCGGUGUUGCCGAUUGGAGUUAUUGUGAUGGCUGAACUUACUGGUUUAAUGACUCUUCCCAAAUUGAAAUGCCUUGCAACCAGUCCUGUUUUCUAUACUCCAUUUAUGAGGCAUAUAUGGACAUGGAUGGGUGCUUCACCAGCCACAAGGAAGAAUUUUUAUUCCUUGUUGGAAGCUGGUUAUAGUUGUGUUAUUGUGCCUGGUGGAAUACAAGAGACAUUCCUCAUGCAGAAUGAUUGCGAGACUGCAUUCCUAAAGUCGCGAAGAGGAUUUGUUCGUAUAGCCAUGGAAAUGGGGUGUCCACUAGUCCCUGUUUUUGCCUUUGGUCAGUCAUAUUCCUAUAAGUGGUGGAAACCGAGUGGAAAUUUCUUCCUGCAACUUGCGAGGGCUAUCAAAUUCGUCCCUAUUUUAUUUUGGGGAGUUCUUGGAACUCCUUUACCCUAUCAACAUCCAAUGCAUGUGGUGGUGGGUAAACCUAUUGAGUUGAAGAAAAAUACACAUCCUACCGCCGAAGAGGUCCUUGAAGUACAAGCCCAAUUUGUUAAAGCCCUACAAGAUCUGUUUGCCAGGCACAAGGCUCGGGUUGGAUAUUCUGAUCUUCCAUUAAAGAUCCUUUGAUGAUGUGAAGUUAGUUUGGGUAGGGACAGGCUGUUUCAGUUAAUCCUGUUUGUUCUAUUAAAACUUUUAGUUUAUUACACAAAAUGGAAGCCCGAUGUAUGUUAUAGAAUAAUGACUUUGUUGAUGGAAUUUCGUCCUAUAUUAACAAAGUACUUCAAAAGUUACAUUAAUCUUGA